GACACCUUUUUUAAAGGAAGUAGGUGGAGUCCCCACUUCUCUGAUCCCAGAUCUGAGUUUGGGUUGUAGAGUUUGGGUGUUGCCACUCUCGGGUCUGCUGGUUACCCCAACAAUACUCGUCCAGGUUCCUCGACUAAACUAAAGGUUUCACAGAAGCUUUGAAGACACCAAACCACUGCGAUGGAUCAGCUGAAGCACCGCACGGCGGGGGUUCAGGAGAAGUUGGAGAUCGUCGGCGUGGAGGACGAGGCCGGGAACCCCAUCAGCGCCCUGACCAUCCUGUCUCUCCUGGAACGAGUGGCUGGCAUCAUCGACAACGUGCAGUCCAGCCAGCAGCGCAUGGAGGAGCGCCAGCAGGAGCUGGAGAACAACAUCAAGACUGUCCAGGGGGACGUGCUGAAGCUGGCCAAAGACCACAGCGACACCAGCGUCACGGUGGACAAGCUCCUGCAGAAAACACGCAAAGUCAGCGCCAACGUCAAGGACGUCCGCUCGCGCGUGGAGAAGCAGAACGUCCGGGUCAAGAAGGUGGAGACGACGCAGGACGAGCUGCUCACACGCAACAAGUUCCGGGUCGUCAUCUACCAGGGUGAGACGGAGAUCCCGUCUGURGCCGUCACCAAGGGUCCACAAGGACCCGUCCUGGAGGGUCUGAAUAUUGAGCCGGAUUCCUACGACCUGCCCGUCGACCUCUCCUCUGACGAAGAGGGUCUGGGCGACGACGAGCCGGACCCGUCGCGAGCGACCCGCCUCAAGAAGUCCAUGGUGAAGAGCACGGAGACCCUGAAGGCCGCCUUCUCCAAGGAGAACAUGAGCAAAACCAAAGACAACCUGGGCACCAAGCUCCACAGCCUGGGYGAGAAGGUCAUGCCGCCGGAGCGGAGGGAGAAGAUGCACCAGGCCGGCGAGCGGCUGAAGCAGUCCGGCGAGCGGCUGAAGGAGAACAUCGCCAAGAAGGCCCCCAGCAAGGAGGCCUUCCGCAUCAAGCUGAAGAAGGAGCGCAUCGUGGCCGAGGGCCAGGAGGGCCAGGAGGGCCAGGAGGGCCAGGAGUCCGAGGCCGGGGCCCAGGCCAAGGAGGAGAAACCAGCCGAAACCAAGAGGGAGGGCCCAGUGGAGGAGGGCGGAGCUACGAGAGUAACAGAAUAAGAUGACAGGAAGUAGGCGAGGCGGGACACGAUGGAUGAUUUGUUUUAUUUGUCUCAAUAUCAAAAUGAAAUUUGUUUUUAAAUCAAAUUAUUUAUAAAAUCUGCUCAUUCGAACUUUUGUAAACAAACAAACUCUGAGUCCAGUUGUCAGAGUGCAGAGAAGGUGAAAGGUCAAAGGUCAGAGAGUGUGUUCCAGUCUUUUAUCUGAAUGUAAAUAUGGUUGAACAAACAGCAGGUCUGAUGUCUGCUAACGUUUAGACAGAAGCUGAAGAGAGCUGCUUUAAAAAAAGCCCCAAUCUUCUAAACUCGCAGCUUUUUCUUUACGUUUACAAAGGUUCAAAUCUGCACCGUUUCCUCGAACAAAUACAGAAACUUUACGAGGUGCAGGUCUGACCUUUAUUCAGGAUCUGGAGGUGAAACUGUAAGGUCCGGACCAGGUUCUGUUCAGUCCUGGAUCUAGAGGUUCCUCUGCUCCGUCACACCUGGUUGAAGAAGUGACUCAGGUGUGCUGCAGCAGAGAGGCAGGUCCAGGACCAGGACUGGGUUCAUCUGGUCCGCAGGUGGACGUGGGCGGUCAAAGCUGCGACUUCAGAGCUUUUUGCUUGUUUUCUUUUAAAGUUUCAGUUUUUGCUGAUUUUUUUUUUUUUUAUCAACAUUUGAUGUUGAGAUGAUUUCUGAGGCUGCUGCUUUCACCAGAGUGUUUCAUGCUUAACUUUAAUAGAGUGGUGUCUUAUUCUGAAAAUCCACUUCCUGUAYGGCUUCUGUUCUUAUGUUUGUGUGUUUGUGCUGCUGAGCUCAGUUAAAAUUAUUUAGGUUCAUUUCUUCUCAUUUCACUUUGUUUUCAUUUUAUAUAAAUAAAAUUCACCUGAAACUAAA